AUGCUAUCUGCAGCCUGAGUAAAGUACUUGAUAUCCUUGACCUAAACAGUCCAAAUGUCAAGGCUAUGAUCCUCUCUUGCUUGGAGCUGCUGGACGAUGAUGACUUGGAUGUCAGAAUGGAGUGUUGGUAAUAAGUAAAAUUGAUUCAUUUAUUUUUCCAACAGAUUUUAUCAUUUCUUUAUUAUAUUUAUUGCUGUUUUUGAAAAUAGAAAUUCUAAUGUAACCUACUUGAAAAGAGAACUUCUAAUGUAACCUACUUGAAAAGAGAACUUCUAAUAUAACCUACUUGAAAAUAGAAAUUCUAAUAUAACCGACUUGAAAAUAGAAAAUCUAAUACAACCUACUUGAAAAGAGAACUUCUAAUUUAACCUACUUGAAAAGAUAACUUCUAAUUUAACUACUUGAAAAUAGAACUUCUAAUGGGACCUACUGUACUGAGAAAUAAUGCCCACUCUCGUUACUCCCCUGUAAAGUGCUCUGCUUGGCCACAUUGUCGGUGACAAUCUGACAGCGACGAGUAGAGCUGUAUGCCAGCUUGUAUGGGAGAGAUUGGAAACUGUCU